GUCUCAGUUCAGCGAUAGCAAACGGGAAGAACAUGUCACGGGAAGUGCUCGUUGCUCGGUGCGGUUUCAAACUGUUGUGAAAUUUUGCGUUCCUCAGAUCCGGAGUCGUCUUCGAAGUUGCGUGUGAAUAUUAAAUCAAAUUUGAAGGAGGGUGUAUCAUAAAAAAAACUUAGCGCUUUGAACAUUAGUUUUCAUUUGGCUUUCGCUGAAAGUUUGUUGCUGAUCCACAUCCUUACCUUCUUCCGGUGGGUGGUGUCUCGUUGCUGUGUUGGUUACCAAGCAGUGCGUGCCUAUUCUGCUCGUGGGUGGAUUACCAAAGAGAUUCAUUUGAUUGUGUGCGUGCUCGUGGGAAAACCGUUGCAGAAAUUUUGGAGCGAAAGCUUCGCAUCAGUUCUGUGCCAGCCGGCCGGUUGUUUAGUUGGGGCGUGAAAAAAAGCAUAGCGGCGUCGUUGGCACGUGCACGAUCCGAUUAGUGUGAACAGUCGCUCUCCACGGACGGGAAGCUUCCGCGCGGGUGGCGUACUGUGAUAGCAGCAGCUCGAAGUAUUUAUUAUUGUUGAUCAAUUGUGCAAUCAGAGUGUGAUACGAAGUGGUCAUACGAUUAUUGUGGCCGUGGAAGAAGCUGCAGUAUUCAAAAAUAGCACGCCGUUGAGUCGUUUUCGCGUGGACGGCGCAGAGAAUAGCAGUUCUUCAAUUGAAUUAAAUGUGUGGACCAAUUUAGGGCCAAUCUAGUUGCGACGCGUCGGCCGAACAACAAAACAAUAUUGGAGCGAAGGUUACGAUGCGCUUCAUCUGUAGCUGAUGCAUUGUCAGCAGUUCGCACUACCGAUUGUGGAGAAUGCUAUUAAAUGACAAUCAACAACGAAUCGCUAAAAGCGCUUCACACUUACAUCGUUGACAGUAUACCGAUGUUCUAUUAUUGGCAACCCUACGACGAACACGAUUAACACCUAUCAGCCAUUGCUAGGAAGCUGUCGAGGUGCAGUUGCAGGUCGUCCCCAUCGCAAUUGAUAGAUAGUGAAACAGAUGUUCUUUUGAAUUGAUCAACACGUUCAACAAUCGUGCUCGGGUUUCAUUGAUUUUGCUGCAAACAGCGGCGCUCUAUCACGUGUUUCAUAGUGAUUUCGGAACGGUUGAGAUUUCGUUACGCUACCAGUGCAGAAAGAAUUCCAACGGAGUCAUUGAAUCAAGUGCAGUCAAAAAAAUAUAUUGAAAUACAAUUGUUGUUGUAACGUUCACCCGCUGGGAGAUUCUGCAGCACUGAUAUCGUGGAUUAACUGUUGCACGAGUACUAAAGGUUAUUUCUAUAGCACCCCAGGCCUGGGUGCGAUUAGGUGCCAUACAUAGGUGAUAAGCCGGCACAAAAGUUCAAGGAGACAGGUAUAUUGCCGUCGAUGAAGAUAGGCGAUACACAGGGCACGCCGCGGCGGUGAGUGGGACCUGCCGUCGCUUCCUGGGGAGAUUGAUAACGGACGAAGAGUUUUCAAUUUCAUUAUCAGUCACGUUUGAUUUGUUUGUUGUGUUGGUGAGUCGAGAUUGCUGCUUGAUUACAAUGGCUAAUCUGGCUGACUGGUUAGUAAAGAUGACGACCACCAACAGUGAGCUACUGGGGCUUGCCUUCAUGGCAUUCUUCAUCAUCACCCUGUCCUCUACCGCCCGGUACUAUUUCAAAUUUUUCAUCUUCAUAAUACUGUCGGUGAUAAGCGCCGUGGGUCCCGUGCCUCUAAUGCUUCUACGACCACGCGACUACCGGAAUGCCUUAUUGCCCGCCUAUCUGUGUACGAAGUUUGGGAAAAUGCUUGGCGCUUCGUUCGAGGUUCGCGGCAGGGAAAACGUUAAUCGACAGAAUGGAGGGGUCGUCCUAAUGAACCACCAGAGCGCAUUGGACUUGGUCGUGUUAGCUUAUUUGUGGCCCAUCAUCGGACGUGCAACUGUGGUAGCCAAGAGGGAGGUCCUUUAUAUGUUUCCAUUCGGAUUGGCCAGUUGGCUUUGGGGAACAUUGUUCAUCGAUCGAAAGAAUAAAAACACUGCGAAAUCGACAAUCAAUAAAGAAUCAAAGGCAAUUAACGAAAAACAGGCCAAAAUCCUAUUCUUCCCUGAAGGAACGCGAGGAAACGGAGACAAUUUACUGCCAUUUAAAAAAGGUUCCUUCCACGUGGCUAUAGAAGCUCAAGGCUACAUCCAACCUGUAGUCAUUUCCAAAUAUCACUUCUUGAAUUCAAAAGCAAAACUUUUCAAUCGAGGUAAAAACAUCAUCAAAAUUCUCCCGGAAAUCUCCUGUGCCGGAAUGACCAAAGAAGAUAUGCCUUUUCUGAUGGACCGAGUCCAAAAACUGAUGCAAACCGAGUACGAAGCACUCACUGAUGAAUCGUUGGCGAUUAAUAAUAUCAGCAAGAGCUUGUAAAGUUCCUUCGCUAACAGUACAAAUUAAAUACGCACACUACAAACACUUGCAGACAGAAGCAUCAGAAUGCUUUCAUAGGUCCAACAUGGGGUGGGGCAUUAAUUUGCAGCAUAAAAAUACAAACGAAGAACUCUUUCAUUUACCACAGCUUUUUUUCGCGUCACGAGCCGGCAAAUCAAAAGAACGACGCAACUCUUGACCGUAAAUUGAAGGAAUGAAGUGUUCUCUCAUCCUCUCCUCCCACCUUGAAGCGCUUGAGCUGCAGAGCUAUUUUAUAUCCCAAAUUGAACUAGGUUUUAAGGAAAAUUGGCACAAGGGCAAGAAGGAUUGCUCAACGAAUUAAUCUUCCCCCGCCUGUCCUCGAAGGACCAACCAAUUCAUUAUACCUAGAAAGGAAUUUAUUCAUUAGACUAGACAUAGUAUAGAAGACCGCGAUUUGUGGAAGCUGGUUUUGAAUGCUUGGUUUUAAUUUUGCUGUAAGUAGUUGCAAGUAAUGGUCAUAGAAAGUUUCAUAAUACAUCGUGUCUUAGCAAUUGCAAUGAAUGGACGGGUACAGGCUCCCUUGGAAUGGAAACAUGUCAUUCUGCGUGGGGUGGGUGAAUGAAUUGGUUUGAAUUUUUGUAAAAUGUUCCUCUGAAAAAAAGUAGAUAUGUGGGUUGAUGCAAAAGAUUGUCAGAGAUGCGGAAUUAUCUUGAAUGUAAAUAGCAGUAGAAGCAAUGGCGCUAUAAUAUUCCUAACCAAAGCUACAUAUAUUUAGAGUAAUGAGAUUUUAGUAAUAUUUCUACUUGUGAUACACGUUUGAUAAAAUUUCUAGAAGUGAA